AUGACGCCCCUUGUCAUUGCGAGUCUUUUACUCCAAGUCGCUUUGAUUGUAGCCUUUCCCACUCAAGCUGCUCGUGGUGCGGACCUCAUCAGUCAACAAAGUUCUGCAACAUCUGACCGAGUACCCACGGGAUGGUCGCGACAAGAUAUCUUCACUCUAGUUAGUGUUUGCGUAGCAGUCAUCGGUAUCUUUGUUGGUGUGCUUGUUGCUUCACCUGCCGUACGCAAUUUCUUAUAUAAGCUAUUGCACUGUGAGUUUACACCAUCUCAAAAUGCACUCUGCUUAAGCUAA